AUGAACUGGUAUGAAAACCGUAAACUGGAGAAACCAGAGCUCGCUCCGGAGUUUCAGUCCAUGCAGUCAGUAUCCCUAAAGCCAAAAGCCCAGCUUGGUGGACCGUUUCGAUUGCGGGAGAGCCGAACCGGGAAGUACAUAACCAAUGAAGAACUCUUCCAGAACAAGUGGACACUGCUGUAUUUUGGUUUUUCCAAGUGUUCUGAGAUUUGCCCCAGCACGCUAAGGUUUAUCUCCGAGGUGAUGAAAGCCUGCGAUGCGGAAUACGGCUCCGACGCAAAGCUGGCCGCAGAAGAAAAGAAUCUCCAGGCCGUUUUCCUUAGUAUUGAUUUUAUUCGCGACAAGCCGGAUGUCAUCGAGCAGUUUGUACGCAAAUACGAUCCGCGUGUUCGCGGACUGUGCGGGACACGGGAGGAGGUAGAGGCGGCUGCACGCGCUUGGAGGGUUUACUACUCGUCUGUGGACGAAACCGAUGAGGAGCGCAACGCUCGCGAGGCGGCCGGUGUGGCGGCGCCACAAAUUGACGACACUUAUCAGUUCGAUCACAGCAGCGCCAUUUACCUGGUGGGGCCAGACGGCAAAAUGAAGGACUUUUUCUUUAAGGAAAUGGGGCUCAAAGAUACGGUAAGCCGAAUCGGAAUUCAUUACAGUGACGUUUACGGCUUCAGUGAUACCCGCCAGGCUCCGAGGCCGUGA